AAGCAUCACGCCUCCUUUCUCUCCCUCUUUCUACAGAAUCUUCGCUAGUUUUUCAACUCUCAGUCGCCGAUCGGUCGGAGGGAGAAAUGACGACGAUGAGCGCGAACGACGGUGCGGCCGGUCCGGCGAUGCGCCCCUUAACCAAGAUUGUCUGCACGCUGGGGCCGGCGUCCCGGUCGGUGCCGAUGGUCGAGAAGCUGCUCCGUGCCGGGAUGAACGUGGCGCGCUUCAACUUUUCCCACGGAUCUCACGAGUACCACCAGGAGACCCUCGACAAUCUCCGUCAGGGUAGGGAGAACACGGGCAUUCCUUGCGCCGUCAUGCUCGACACUAAGGGUCUAGAAAUUCGAACAGGGUUUUUGAAAGACAACAAGCCCAUCCAACUAGAACAGGGUCAAGAGAUUACUAUCUCCACUGAUUACAGCAUCAAGGGUGAUGAGAAUAUGAUCUGCAUGAGCUACAAAAAGUUGGCUGAGGAUGUCAAGCCUCAGAGUGUUAUACAGUGUGCAGAUGGCACCAUAUCCUUUACUGUUUUGUCAUGCGAUAAAAUGAAUGGUCUUGUGAGAUGCCGAUGUGAGAACACUGCUGUUCUUGGUGAGAGAAAGAAUGUGGUUGUUCUGGAUCUUCCAACCUUGACAGAUAAAGAUAAGGAUGACAUCUUAAAAUGGGGGGUACCUAACCAAAUUGACAUGAUUGCCUUAUCCUUUGUUCGCAAGGGCUCAGAUCUUGUUGAAGUCCGGAAGCUGCUGGGUCCACAUGCAAAGAAUAUCAUUCUUAUGUCAAAGGUUGAAAACCAACAAGGUGUAGCAAAUUUUGAUGACAUUCUUACCAACUCUGAUGCACUUAUGGUGCCUCAGAAAGAAAUGAUUUACAAAUGCAACAUCCAGGGGAAGCCUGUUGUCACGGCAACCAAGAUGUUGGAAUCGAUGAUCAAGUCUCCAAGGCCAACUUCUCAAGAAGAAAAAGAUGUUGCCAAUGCCGUUUUUAAUGGGACAGACUGUGUGAUGCUUAGUGGUGUAACAGCUGAAGGGGCUUAUCCAGAUCUUGCAGUGAGUACGAUGGCCAAGAUUUGCAUAGAAGCAGAGAGCACAAUUGAUUAUGGAGAUGUGUUCGAAAGAAUGAUGGCAGACGCACCAGUUCCUAUUAGCUCACUAGAGAUCCUUGCAUCUUCUGCUGUCCAAACAGCUAACUCUUCUAAUGCCUCUCUAAUAAUUGUUCUGACCCGAGGAGGAAGUACUGCAAAGCUGGUAGCCAAAUACAGGCCAAGAAUGCCUACAUUGUCAGUCGUUAUCCCUGAGAUCAAGACCGACUCCUUUGGCAGGUCAUGUAGCGAGGAGUACCCAGCAAGGCAUAGCCUUGUUUUUAGGGGACUAGUUCCACCAGUCCUGUUUGCAGGAUCUGCAAGGGCAUCCCACGAAGAGUUGACAGAGGAGGCAAUCAUGUUCUCCCUGCGACAAGCCAAAGCAAUAGGAUUAUGUAAGGUAGGAGAUGCUGUGGUGGUCCUUCACUGCAUUGGAACUGCUUAGGUGUUCAAGAUCGUGACAGUAAAUUGGGUAGGCAUUGAGGAGCAGGUGGCUGGGCCUACAUCACACACUGAGGAAGCAAGGAAGUUGGAAGAAGAAGGGAAUUUGGAAGAAGGACAAGGAAGAACAAGCCUAGAAGCUGAAUUGAUUUCAGAGGAGUUAGGGGACUUUAAUAUAGAAGAAAACUUGAAUCAGCAUGGCCAAGAAGGGAAUAAAGAUUUUAAAAAGGUCCCAUUGGUAAUUGUAGAGGGGGAUGAGGAGGUAAUUGUGUCAAAGAUUACUGUAUGCCGCAGUGAUCAUUAUAUUAACUUGGCUAAAAAGAUCCAACAGGUUUACAAAGGAAAAUAUAGACUUGACCCUUGGAAAUCUAGGUUCCAAGGCAACUUUAUCGAGAAGCUCUGGGUUCAAAAUUUGGAAGAACCCAAGAGAUAUCCCAAUAUAGUCUGGCCAUGGCCAGAUUUUACUGCGGCAUACAUCUGGGAAACCGAAGAGAUGCCCAUUUGUUUAAAUCCCCUAAUUCUGAGUUGGAGUGGUUUUUGGGGACAGCUGACAAAGAUUGAAAUGGUUGAGAAAUCUGAUGGGCGUUAUAUCCCCAUCAGACUUAAUCUUCAUAAAACGGUGAGAUCAUCAUUUUUAUUGAAAAGAUAUUGUGACAAUACUAAGCAGACAUUUUGUGAUUUAAUAAGGGCAUGCCACUCCUCUAUGGUGGACAUAGAAGGAGUGCUCCAUAAUACCUUUAUUGACACUGGGGUGUAUUUGGAAUCCUACUUUAAUGGAUACAAAUUCAUUCUGCACCGUGUUAAGGAGAUUAGUGCAGGGUCUUGGGAAAGUGUUGCCGACAUUCAUUCAGAGACUGUUGAGGAGAUAGGGGAAGACGAAUGGAAACUCGUUGAACGAAGUAUAAUAUCAAUAGAUAUUACACCCGAGGACGAGGACGAGGCAUAGCCGCUGUUUUUUCAUUCCUGUUUUAGAAGUCUUUUCAUUUCAUGUAUAGCUGACACAACAGAAGCUACUCUUUCAUUCAGAAAUUUUAAAUGAAUUCUCUAUCGUAGAUC